AUGUCUUCGACCAAAGGCCCACUCGUAGCCACCACCGCUCGCAGCCAGCUCCAUCGCGAGAUGACCCAGCGAGAUCACGAUUUGAGGCUAAUAGUCGGGCAUGCCAACCUUUUGGACGCCUUGAUCGAUAACUCCAAAGGACUGCAAGACCAGCAAGUGCCGGACUUGGAUCGGUUCAGCAAGCAGCGUUCGCCAGUCAAACAGAAUUUCGAGAUUCAGCAGACUUGCCAGGCCCAGUCACUAAGGCAAAUUCCGGAGGGGAGGGCCGGUAAAUCCCAAAAGCCUGAGGAGCCUCAGGGAUGUGUCAGAAGGCAGAGGGUCGCCAGUGAUGUGUAUGCCACUGAGCGUGUGCGAUUCAUCGAAAGUUCUCAGGAGGUUGACGACGACUCAGAUUGA